UCUUCUUUGCUUAAUCUAUUGUUGAAGGAAUUGAAAUUCUGAAGCAAAGUUUGAAGAUCGAAGCAGCGGUUCUGUUAUUAAUCUUUACUGCCUCGCGAGGUUUAGACCUUAGAUUGGUAGCUUGGUUAAUUUCAAAGUAGAUUUUAGGGGGACGAUUUUAUUUUUAUUGUGGCUUAGGAGUUGAAAAUUUAGUUUAAGAGUGUGUCCAUGGUUGAUAUUUCGUUUUAGGAUCUUAAAUCAAGCCAUGACUUUGGCUUCUUCGGGCUCGGGGGCGUCUCCCGUGGCUUUUUAUCCGCGGACUCUUUCCUCCAUUGCAAUUGCAGUGGGAGGAUUGGCCAUGUUUUUGAUGUUUGCUUCUUGGGUUCUAGUGUCUUACCCAGUUGGUUCUACGGUACACAUUUAUUUUUAUGGUUUUGAGAAAAGAUUAGACAUUUCUAGUAAUCAAACAAACAUUAAAGACUUUGUAGAUGCCAUUGGUCAGAACUCGUCAUCAGGGGUCAAUUUAGAAGUUAGGGAUGUGAUUGAUCAGAAUGUUUCAGCACCUAAGUCUAGUGGGUCAGUGUCCAACAGUAGAAAUGGUUCACAGAUAGAUUUGUCAGCUAGUCCUCCAAGAGGAGAGGCAAAAGAUGGUUCUGUAGCCUCCAAGGUUAAGGAGGAUGUUGAAAAUAAGAAAGUGGAUUCUGCGGGCUCACCAGAUAAGUCAGAUGGUGGAGAUGCAGGAUCUGGUGAUGCUAAUAGUCAAACCGGAUCUUCUGAUGAAUCUGGAGCAAGGGCUGCCGCACCAACUGUGGGAAGCAAUGCAACUAAGAUUGGUUCAGUUGUUUCAGGUUGUGAUCUGUACCAAGGAAGUUGGGUUUAUGAUUCGUCUGGACCAUUGUACACCAACAACACGUGCCCUGUCCUGACACAGAUGCAGAACUGCCAAGGAAAUGGGAGACCUGACAAGGACUAUGAGAGUUGGCGAUGGAAACCCUCUCAAUGUGAGCUCCCCCGAUUUGAUGCAAAGAAAUUUCUGGAGUUGAUGAGGGGGAAGACGCUAGCUUUUGUUGGAGAUUCUGUUGCUCGAAACCAGAUGGAAUCAAUGUUGUGCCUUCUCUGGCAGGUCGAAGCUCCAAAAAAUAGAGGGAAUCGCAAAAUGCAAAGAUGGUACUUCAAGUCAACAUCUGUAAUGAUUGUCCGGAUAUGGUCCUCUUGGCUUGUACAUAAAACUAAUGAACCAUUUGAUUUCGCUCCUGCUGGUGUUGACAAGCUCCACCUUGAUAGUCCAGAUGAAUACUUCAUGAAUUAUAUUUUAGAAUUUGAUGUGAUUGUUCUUUCUUCAGGGCACUGGUUUGCCAAGCAGUCAGUCUAUAUAUUGAACAAUGAGAUUGUGGGAGGACAGUUAUGGUGGUCGAAUACUUCUCAGCCAAAACAAAUUAAUAAUGUUGAAGCAUUUGGUAUAUCUGUUGAGACAGUUCUCACUGCCAUCGCUACACAUCCAAACUACACAGGACUUACCAUUGUGCGUUCCUAUUCACCUGAUCAUUAUGAAGGUGGUGCCUGGAAUACAGGUGGAUCAUGCACCGGAAAGGAAAAGCCUCUUGCACCUGGUGAGUUAGUGAAAAACGGAUUCACAGAAAUUAUGCACGAGAAACAGGUGACAGGUUUCAACAAUGCACUUAAGAAGGCAACGAAUAAAUCAAAAUUGAGGUUGAUGGAUAUCACUGAAGCCUUCGGGUACCGCCAUGACGGACAUCCGGGUCCCUAUCGAAAUCCUGACCCAAAUAAGAUCACAAAACGGGGCCCAGAUGGAAGGCCUCCACCGCAGGAUUGCUUACACUGGUGCAUGCCAGGUCCAGUCGACACCUGGAACGAACUUGUGCUUGAAACCAUAAGGAGAGAAUUUGAGGGCAACCAAAGCUCGUUAUCUAACAAUUGACAUGUUUCCAUUGCGAAGUGAUCAGCCAUCUGCAUUCUUGUGCUUCUGUGAUCAAAAGGUUAAACUUUUAGUAGUAUCUAAAUUAUGUUACAGUCUAUUCCAUUUGUUUUAUCAAAUUUCAUUUAUAGGAAAAAGGUAUGUAGAGAAAUUCUCCUUUGUUACAGAUCUAGAGAUCAGCAUCUAGUAGCUGUAUUUUUGGACAGAGGCUUCCGGAAUAAACUAAAAUAUAUACUUGAGUUUCAAUUUAAUUUAA